AGAACGAGGUACACAGUACCCCUCUCUCUCUCUCUCUCGCUCUCUCUCUCUCUACACGGCUGUUGCUAACUUUAUUGCCAAAGAUUGCACUUUGGUUUGUUGUAAACUUCCUUUUACAUUUCUUGAAAAGCUGAAUUUCUUUCCUUACUCCAGCGGUGGGAGCAAUCAAUUGAAAUGGCGCUGAAUUUGUUGUCCCCUGCUGAAAUUAAGACCAUCUCUUUCUUGGACACCUCCAAAUCCAGCUACAAUCUUAACCACCUUAAGUUCCAAGGUAGAGUGGCUAUCAAAAGAAAGGAGUGCAGUGGGAUUUCUGGUAAGAGGGUUCAGUGUUCAGUUCAGGCACCUCCUCCUGCCUGGCCUGGAAGAGCUGUUGCUGAAGCCCGGAAAAGUUGGGAUGGUCCAAAGCCUAUCUCAAUUGUUGGCUCCACUGGCUCUAUUGGAACUCAGACAUUGGAUAUAGUCGCUGAGAAUCCGGAUAAGUUUAGAGUUGUCGCACUAGCUGCUGGUUCAAAUGUUACUCUUCUUGCUGAUCAGGUCAAAACAUUCAGACCAAAACUAGUUGCUGUUAGAAAUGAGUCAUUGGUUGAGGAACUCAAAGAUGCUCUGGCUGAUAUGGACGACAAGCCUGAGAUUAUACCUGGUGAGCAGGGUAUCAUCGAGGUCGCCCGCCAUCCUGAUGCUGUCACUGUAGUUACAGGAAUAGUUGGUUGUGCAGGUUUAAAGCCUACAGUGGCUGCAAUAGAAGCAGGAAAGGACAUUGCCUUGGCCAAUAAAGAGACUUUAAUUGCUGGUGGUCCAUUUGUCCUUCCUCUUGCGCACAAGCAUAAGGUGAAGAUUCUUCCUGCAGAUUCAGAACAUUCAGCUAUAUUCCAGUGCAUACAAGGCUUGCCAGAGGGUGCCCUUAGGCGCAUUAUAUUAACUGCAUCUGGAGGGGCUUUCAGGGACUUGCCAGUUGAGAAGUUGAAAGAAGUUAAAGUAGCUGAUGCUUUGAAGCAUCCCAAUUGGAACAUGGGGAAAAAGAUUACUGUUGAUUCUGCCACCUUAUUCAAUAAGGGUCUUGAAGUUAUUGAAGCUCACUACCUUUUCGGAGCUGAGUAUGAUGACAUUGAAAUUGUCAUCCAUCCCCAGUCCAUCAUACAUUCAAUGGUGGAAACACAGGAUUCAUCAGUAUUGGCACAGCUAGGGUGGCCUGAUAUGCGUUUGCCCAUCCUUUAUACUUUAUCCUGGCCCGACAGAAUUUACUGCUCGGAGGUUACUUGGCCGCGCCUUGAUCUUUGCAAGCUCGGAUCAUUGACAUUUAAAGCCCCUGAUAAUGUAAAAUAUCCAUCCAUGGAUCUGGCUUACUCUGCUGGGCGCGCUGGAGGGACCAUGACUGGAGUUCUAAGUGCAGCAAACGAAAAGGCAGUGGAAUUAUUUAUUAGUGAGAGAAUUAGCUACUUGGACAUUUUCAAGAUUGUGGAGCUAACAUGCGCUAAGCAUCGGGAAGAGCUGGUAACUUCUCCAUCACUGGAGGAAAUCAUACAUUACGAUUUGUGGGCUCGAGAUUAUGCAGCCAGUUUGGAAACCUCGGCUGGUUUUAGUCCAGCUCUUGUAUAAAUUGUUAUUUUGGUCAGCAUGUUGAGAUGAAUGUGUCGGCAUGUUUGCCCAAUAAAAGGAAUUUGUUUAGGGUGGCGCAACAUAUGCAAAUGUGUAUAGUAGUGAAUGUAAUAUGAUUAGGUUACAUGUACUACAUCAGCGAACUCACCCUUUUUAAAAGCAAAUUCCUUUGUUACAUGCAAUUUAUUCUCUUUA